AUGGUAAUCGACCACCCCGACCCCCUACAAGCCGUCCCCUCUCUCCUUCAACAGCCCGCGCACAUCGCCCUUCCGCCGCCCCAGCACGCUUGCACAGUCACCGGGGAACUCUCCCUCGACGGCCCGUCCUACAACACCGAGCAGCUCGCCGUUGAAACCAACACCAGGCAAUACACCCCUGCAGACGCCGUCGCGAAAGUUAGCAACAAGCAAUGCCUCUCAGAACCCGCCCUCAUGGCUGAAUACGCGUGGAACGUCAUUGGAGCCUGA